AUGAUUCUCACCGAUCCUCCACACUCUGAUGUAAUAUGGAUCACGAUCCGACAAAAGACCGAUGCCAAACUGGCGCAGAUCUUGAGGCUACACAACUGGGUAGUUUCUGAUUUUCUGUCAUCAAGCUUGUUCAGCAGUGUCAAGGAUCAGUUUGGUCCCUAUGUUGGCGAGUGGCCAUUUUCGCCUCCAAUCGGCAUUGGCACUUCGUUUGACAAUAGCUCGCAAUGCAAGGAAAGCCACGAUAACAAUGAGGGUCGUCAAGCCGAGAAGGGGAAAGCCGAUUGCGAAGAAGAGCCAGACGAAGCAUACUAA